AUGGCUUAUGAAGUCACCGCUCAAGGACGCUCGUGUCGUGACAGCUACACAUGCACUUCUGAUGAAUACUGCCGCAACGCCGUCUGUGUUCCAAACACUCGCCGUCACCUCUUCAGAAAGUCAUCUGGAGACGUGACCGUUCAGAAGAAAGUGGGCGGGGCGAAGAAAUCGAGAUAUUGUACAUCGAGCUUCGACUGUUUCAGAGGAUGGUCGAACAUGAAUUCAGAGAACCCAACCAGCUCAAAUGGUCCAAAUGAUGAAGUUUAUGAUAAUGACGAAUGUCCAGAAGAAAAAGAGUGGCUUGAAUAUAUUCGUAAAAAUCCCCAAGCAAAAUAUCAGCCACUAACUUUGGAGCACUUUUUCACUCAAGCCAAAAUUAUUGCGGAACAAAUGGGCACUGGAUGGUACUCUUCUGGAAGAGGAGGUUCAGAUGAGGAGAAGACUGAAAAUAAGGAUUCUGAUCAAGAAGAUUCUGGAGCACAGCCGGAGAUUCAGGCGCCAGAACCGAAAAAUGGUCCAACCAGAAAACUGAAACUUGAAAAGUGGAAAAAGAAGUUUUUGAAGAAUCAAGUGGAUCCAGGAUCCGACGAAAUCAAAACAUUCCCCGGCCAAUUCAUCGCAGUCACAAGAUCAAAAGGGUGCACGAAUUUCAUAAAUUUCCGAAUCCAAAAUACUUCAAAUAGGCCAAUCAAAUAUUCCGCGGAAUUAAAAAAUCCAUUUCUAGAAGUCGUGGAAAAUUCUGAUGGCAUCAUGGAUGCUGGAAAUUUGGCAACUGUACCAAUUGUCUGCAAAUUUGAAUCCAAUGCUCCAGUCCACGAUGAACUGGUUCUUUUAUAG